CAAAAUCGGUCUUUUCGACCCAUCCAUUUUGAGUUGUUCCAGAAUCGUGGCGAAGUGCCACAAAAAUCUGCUUUAAUCUAAAAAACAACAAACCAACGGUUAAAAAUGGCUGAGCAAAUGACUCUCAAAGGUACCCUUAAAGGCCAUAAUGGCUGGGUCACCCAAAUUGCAACUGCUCCACGAUUUCCAGACAUGAUUUUAUCCAGCUCUCGGGACAAAUCUGUGAUCGUGUGGAAGCUGACAAGAGACGAAAACUAUGGUACGCCACAGAGGUCACUGACAGGACACAGUCAUUUUGUAUCAGAUGUAGUAAUCUCAUCAGAUGGUCAGUUUGCUUUGUCUGGUUCCUGGGAUGGCACUCUUAGGCUAUGGGAUUUAAACAAUGGCGAUACAACUCGUGAAUUUGUUGGUCACACAAAAGAUGUGUUGAGUGUUGCAUUCUCUGCUGACAAUCGUCAAAUUGUGUCUGGAUCAAGAGACAAGACUAUCAAGCUAUGGAACACUCUUGGUGUCUGCAAGUAUACUAUCCAGGAGGACAACCAUUCGGAAUGGGUGUCUUGUGUGCGAUUUUCACCAAGCAACAACAACCCCAUCAUCGUUUCAUGUGGUUGGGACAAACAUGUCAAGGUGUGGAAUCUUACCAAUUGUAAAUUGAAGACCAACCACAUGGGACACACUGGCUAUUUGAACUGUGUUACUGUCUCCCCUGAUGGUUCCCUCUGUGCAUCUGGUGGCAAAGAUGAACAAGCUAUGCUAUGGGAUUUGAAUGAGGGCAAGCACCUGUACACUCUAGAGGGCGAUCUUGAAGCCAAAACAAUUGUUGAUGAACUAAGACUCGAUGUAAUCUCCAGCAGUAGCAAGAGCCGUCCACCAGAAUGCCUGUGCUUGGCCUGGUCUGCUGACGGUCAGACACUCUUUGCUGGAUACACAGACAGCUUAAUCCGUGUCUGGCAAGUGUCCAUUGCUCGAUAACUUUGCAAAUAUGGCCAUACAACCAACAAGUGGUCAUUUAUAAGGAGAAAGACGUUUGUGAACCAUAUUAAAAAAUUUUCUCAAUAACAAAAACAAAAACAUAAGUAUUUUAAGGGGAACCUUUUAAAGAAGAAAACCUAAAAAAAUGAUGUGUCAAAUAUUAUUAAGUAAAAGGUAAUCACAUCUUUUAAAAUAAAUCUUCUGAAUGGAAAUCAAA